UAUCAUUCCUUCACAAUACGCGCGAUUCGCACGGUCGAUUGAAGCAGCUGUCAUCUAUGAAGCGUUUAGUGGAUUACAGUUGCAGUCGGUAAAUCACCUUUAAUCGCAGGGAUUUUAUUCCGCGAGUUUUAAAUCACCUUUCCCAAUUUUCUUCAAAUUUUGAACAGAGGUGCUAAUAUCAAUACGGUGAGCUUUUUUUUCUCGGAUCAUACACAUAAAUUCCUUUAUUAUUUCGGGACAUACUUCAUCCAAUCCUUUAUGAUCGAUCGUUUUUGACAAGAGCAAUCGACGAAACUCGACAACGUAACCAAGAUUAAGAACUUUAGACCAACGAUUGUGCAAGAGGGAUGAGGACGGCAAAGCUUAAGCCGAAAAAUGUGGGAUCAACUACCUGCGCUGAUAUUGACGCAGAUAUUUAGCCGUCUCGAUCGCGCCGAUCGCAUUAGCGUCAGUCAAGUCUGUCGAUCAUGGAAUCGCACGUUGUCUUCACCAGUGCUUUGGCGAUCCGUUACAGUCUUCAUCGAUCGAGAUUUGUGCGGCGACAUUCCCCUAGCAAGCGAACUAGUCACGAAAUAUGGUCAGCAUAUGCGCAGUCUAGAGCUCGCCUUUUCACGACCGUACAUCUCGCUGAGACAGAUCAGGAUUAAACGCAACAGUCAAACCGAAGCGGGUGCUGAUUUCCUCGCGAUCGUGCGCGCCAAGAACGUGCAGCUGCGGCAACUAACGUUAACCAACUGGAUAUUCGGCUAUAAAUGGGGCAAUCGGAGAACACUGCUGUGUGCCCUGGUAAACUUUCUACGCAGUCAACGCAGCCUGGAGAUCCUGAGCUUAUUAAACGCCAACUUCGGCAUGGCUGAUGUCUUGCGACUGCUGGGAACAGUUGCCAAAGGAUCUGGCGAACACCUGAUCUCCCUGGACCUCCGCGGUGCUUUCAGAGAGUGGCAAGCUCCUCAUGAUAAUCCAAGAUACUUGUGUUUAUUAGGUCGUUUUCACGCGCUAACUCUAUUAAAAUUGGAUUAUCCUGCUUUAUCUAAUCGCGCUCUUGAUGCCCUUGCAAACGGAGCAUCAAAAACGCUGAAAUAUCUAUACAUAUCCGUAAGGGAUUCAGAUUCUAGACAGCAUAUAAUAGCGGACUCUGCCUGGCGCAACUUGGUGUCAGCUUGCCCCGAUUUGACAGUUUCCUAUACUAUAGUGAAUAUCUCGCACUACGAAGAUAUGUAUUACUUGCUAUUACCUAGUGUUCCCCUAGCCAAGUUCCAUAUGUUUAAUGGACACGUAUGGGAUCAGAGCAGAUCACGCAACUUCAGAAACACGAUCGGUCUGAUAAUUACUCAAUAUACGAAUACGUUAGUUGAAGUUCUGCUACAGCUUAGAAACAAUCGUGAAUCACUCGACGAUUUGUUAGUGUCCAUGCUGAUACGUUGCAAGCGCUUAACGAGAUUGCAGUAUGAUGGAAUUGUAAGAAGCCUUGAAAUUAUACGCAACAUAUGUCAGCUUCAAGUCGAACGUAAAACUCAUUUCAGCACAAUACAUGUGAAACCUCGGAACGUCAAUAUUCAAAAUCGUAUCAUAUUAAACAAUAUUAAUUAUCAAUAUGAUCGCAAAAUGCACGAACAAGGAGUCGACUUUCAGAUUGAAGAUCCCACAUCGAUUUUAUUCUUUUAUUGAUGAUUUAUUUUGUUAUCGUGGAUAAUUCUGAAUGUUUAUAAUUUGAUAAAAAAACUAUUAUACUUAUUUUGAUAUUGAUAUUGAUUUUACGAUGUUAUAAUAUGUACACCAAUUUUUAUCAAAUAUAAUAUAAUGAUAAUUAAAUAACAAUUUUAAAAUUGU